AUGUCGCGCAUUUCCCGACCCAGCAUUGUGCCAGACAAGUUCGAUGGGAAGAAUCCAUGGAUCGACUACAUCCAGCAUUUUAGGGCAUGCAAGUUGGCGAAUGGUUGGAACGACGAGGAGGCCAAGAUUUUCCUUGCCGCUAGCCUUAGGGGAGCAGCGAUCAAAGUCAUGGGGAGCCAGAGGCAACUCUCGAGGAUAACGUACCAGGAACUCGUUCAUUUGCUCGAGAAAAGGUUCGGCCCAGGGCAGAUGGCUGAAAACUACCUCCUUGAAUUACGUUCAAGGCGGCAAGGACCUCAGGAGACUCUUCAGGAGUUGGGUCAGGCUGUUCGAGAAUUGUCUGAAUUAGCAUACCCAGAACUACCAGAAGAGGCGCGUGAUCGUUUGGCGCGUACACACUUUGCAGAAGCAAUAGAGGAGCAGGAAAUCCGUGAGGGCAUUUUCAGAUCACAGCCAACCACAAUGGAUGAGGCAAUACAAGCUGCUAUGACCACGGACAACUUUUUCCGCCUUGAAGACCAACGAAGUGGGAGAAGCAGGAUCCACCGCAAACUAGCCAGAUCGACGGAGGAACAGCAAUCACCUCUCACAGAAAUAUGGAAAGAGUUAAAAGAGAUGAAGCUCAAACUUGAAGAACGAGACAACAAGGUAGAAACGUGGAAGAACCAAUCACGUGGAGAAGUUCGGAACUGCUACAAUUGCGGCGAAAAGGGGCAUUUGGCUCGGAAUUGUCCUCAGGAGAAAGGACAAGAUCCGUCGGGAAACGAGCACGAGCCGACUCUGCAGCCCGAGGGAAGGCCACAAGAAAACAAGGGCAAAACCGGAAAGGACGAACAGUAG